AUGGAUCAGCUUGGUGAUGGCCCCAGACUCAACUACCUAGACCCCCGACUUUCCAACACCAAUUUCCAACCACUCCCUGUGAAAAUCGACAAGGAAAAAGACCAACAAAUCAUUGAUACAUGGCUCGCUGAAAGAGGAAAGUUCCAAAUAAACCCCUACUACGCCAUCCGGAGGCCCCGAUGCGAAAUCACCCUAAAUGGGGCGAAACAAGCCUUGCGAAACUGUCUCGCAAUCGUGGAGAAACUAAACAAAACACAAGAAGAACUGCGAAAUAAAGUCGAAACCAUGUCGUCGAACGAAUGGAAACAAAAAACCCUCGAUAUCGGGAGUCUCAAAGACGAGUUCGACAAAUCAAUCCUCUUGUUCGAAGACAACACAAUUUUGAAGUCGCUCAAAAGCCUGGUUGUCAAACGUGCGAAAAAACGCCUCAAUCAGAAAAAACAGAAAAAGUUUCGACAAGAACAACACAAAAUCAAGAAGGAGAAACAAAUCGAAAUUGAUAAAAACAUAGACAGGUGGCUGGAGAGCAAGAAAGAGGAAGUUGAACGCGCAAAAAUGGAAGAGAAGAUGAAGAAAGACGCCGAUUGUGUUUUGUAUGAAGUGACGAAGAAAAAGUCGGAAGCUCGCAAGCAACUCUCUCUUAUUUCCGCUCUUGUUAAGUUGAGGACGGUGAGGGACGCUAUGGCUACGCAAAGGGGCGAAAAACUGUCUCUUGAAGACAGGAAAGCCUUCGGUCAUGUCACAGAGAAAUUAAUUCGCAUGUGGGAAAACUCUUACCAGAACUACUGCAAAGAGGAGCAAUGCUUGAAAGUGAUGCUUGAACACAACGCCACGAUGGACUCCAAAGCGGCCAUAAACGCGAAACAGGCGCGUAUUGUCGACGACUGGGAGUCUCUACUCUUCGGCCCGAAAGACGCCCCCGUCAACAACCCCACGUUCUGGGCUUUGACCAGCGCCGACCGCGAUAUGGAGACGUUUAUAGCGAUCAGGAAGAGUUGGGAUACGUUUCUAAGGGCUUCAGGGUCCGCCAUUCCGCUAGGUUGGGUCAUUCCGCCAGAGACACCCAACGAGAGUUGGGCCCCGUUUUUAAAAAAUGACUAAUUGCUUUUCCAAUGUUUUUAAUAAAAUGACUAAUAAUUAAA